UAUUAAUACAAGUCUUGGUUUCUUCUUCUUUGCACUUUCAUCGAAAGAGAGAGAGAGAGAGAGAGAGAGAGAGAGAGAGAGAGAGAGAGAAGAAAGAAAGAAAGAAAGAAAGAGAAAGAGAGAGAAGAAAGAAAGAAAACCAGGAAGGAUGUGCCAGGUGGCUACGAAUGCCGCAAUGUUCCCGCGGAUUGGAUCGAGCAGCAUCUCGGAAAACGAGAUGAGGCGAAUGAGACUCUGAUGUUCGAAAGCUCCGCCUGGUUUUCGGGGCGUCCCAAAUCUCUGCGUCUCUCCAACGAAUAUAUCUUCUGUUUGUCUCAUUCUCUUCGUAUUUGCGUUGCUCCACCCGGUCCAGCCUUCAGCUUCUGUGCUCUAAGAACAUUGACUAACAAUUAGUUACACACCAUAGACGCGAUCUGUUGCGAAGGCCCUGUAUCAAUAGAUUCGUGAUAGUGAAUAAAAAAAGGAAUAAUCGAUCAUAGUAGGAUGCCUCGAAAACGGCGCGCUUCGACAUCGUCGUUGGAGGAAUAUCCUUCUGAGGAAAAAUACAUGAAAGACGACAUGGAUAGUCGCGCUCCGCGAAACGCUGCCAAUGCCCGAGAACGUGCGAGAAUGCGAAUUUUAAGCAAGGCAUUUUGUAGACUAAAGACAACAUUGCCAUGGAUACCUGCCGAUAGUAAAUUGAGUAAAUUAGAUACGUUGCGUUUAGCCGCAACAUACAUUGCUCAUCUAAGAGCAGUACUUCGAGAUGAUGGUGAAACUCAUACUGAAACCACGAAAUCCUUGUCGCUGGCUUUGUCAUGGCCAUUCGCUAUUCAAAGCAACAACACGCUUAUGAACAACAGUUGCAACGUGUCCUCCUCGACGUCUUCGAGUUGUAAUCAGUAUCGAGGACAGCAAGUAACUCAUGAUAUCCAAAACUUCCAUCAUUCAGGUUAUCAGGGCGUAUCCACAUGCCAUAAUCAGGAGCAACAGCUCUCUUAUUACUAACAAAAAAAUUCUGACAAUCCAAUCAGAACUUAACUACAGCGAGCGAUAUCUACGAAGAGCGAUUACCAGCUGGAUUACACGACGGUGCUAUUCGUGUAUUCACGCCUUAUUUAUUCCAUAGUGCCUUACUCUAGUAUUUAUUGAUUUAAUCUUAAUGUAUAAUUACGGCAUCUCUACUUGUGUGAUAAGGAAAUAAUAUAUGUUUAUGUCUCGACCGUACGUAUUUU